AUGUCCCAGAGAACCACAGCUCGAGGGGAUGAAGUUUGUUAGAUUUGAUUUUUUCCGUUUUUAUUAUUAAUUUCAGUGGCAACACCUAUUAACAAUCCAGAUUAGUAAUCAAAAGCCAAUUGUGUUGAAAUAUGACCCUUUUGAGGAGCUUCUUUGGUGUGGUACUUCUAAUGUUCGUUAUAUUCAUGACCAAAGGAUUCAAAAUAUGGCUUUAGGGAAGAGUUUCUUCAUAUUCAGCAACGAAUCAGUUUAAUCGCCAUUCGGCCUUUCGUUCAUCAGUCACUGGCCCAGUUCACGCUUUAGAAAUAACAGAUGGUGCCAUAUUUUCUUUAUCAGACAAUUCAUUAAAAUCAAACUCAAGACAUGGCGUGAGUUUGUCAACCUUCAGGUUUUGAAUAAUUUCAAAAAAAAAGUAAAAUUUUGGUGUUUUAGAACUCCUGAUAUGAAAAAAAUGUGUUCGCUUUUUCGUAUUCCGAAUUCGACAAAUUUUGUGUUGGGAGGAACUGGAGACGUGCUCAUGAUGUAUGACUUCGUCAAAGAGAAAGAGUUGCGAACAGUUAAUUUUAAUUCGUUUUUCAAGUCGGGUUUUCAUCAUUUCAGACGCAUAUUUCCGAAAAUGGCGCAGUAAUAACGAGAUCAAAUGGGGGCAAUUUAUUCACAGCGGAUUCUUCUGGAGGGGUAACCAAACAAGGAAUCUUUAGUGCUUGAAAGUCUCAAAUUUCUUCAGAUAACAAUGAGAAAUCCGAAAACGUUUGAAGCUCUUCAAAAAAUGUCCUGUCAUGGGGAGCGAAUAAGUGAUUUUGACGUUCAAGGCUCGAAAUUGAUCACUUGUGGUUGUUCUAUGAGGUUUCGAUUGGAGAUUUGUAAGGUUUUUAAAAUGAUAUCACAGAUUCAAAGCAGCGCAUGGUGAUCCGUUCGUCAAAGUUUACGAUUUGCGGAGUUUUAGAGCCUUAAACCCGAUUCCUCUGAGCUACGCGCCAGUUUUUUCACGUUUCAUGCCUUCUUAUUGUGAAAAGAUUGUCGUAGUGUCACAGGUUUGCUACAGAAAUUGUUGGACUUCAGAAACGGCAAUUAAUUUCCCUCAUGUUUCAGUUUUAAGUUAUAAGUAUGAUCCUAUAUUAGAGCAAGAUUUAGGAAAAGUCCAGGGUUUUCAGAGGUUUUGAAAGAGAUCUUCAGGCUGGACAUGUCAGGAUAUCGGAUUUAAACGCGACUGGCGUAGGAAUUCCCAUAAUAGUUGACACCAAUGGUUUGCCGCUCAAUACUUUUGAUUUUUCGAGUUCUAAGCAAUUUAUGGCGUUUGGAGCUGGCGAAUUUUCCAGUAUAAUAUCAACUUUAUCAGUUUUAUACGAUUGAAAAUUUUUCAGCUCAUAUUAGUUUGUAUAGUGAUCGAGAUUCGGCAGUGAUAAACGAAAACUCUUGGGAUUCGGUUUUCGCUGAUCCAGCUGUGAGGAGAACUUUGAAAACAUCAAUAAAUUGAUUGAUUGAAGCUUGGACCACCACAAUCGUUUCCAAUAGAAGAUACAUCAACUCCAUUGGCUUCAGUUCCUGUACCUUUUCCUGAAGAUGACACCUUAUUUAGUGAUUGGCCACCGGAAAUGUGUGAGCCGGCGUAUAGGUUAGACAGUUAUUCUUUAUUUCAAUAAUUUUUUUACUGAACUAUUCAAAAAGUAUGAAGAAAGCUUUUUUUAGCAUAAUUCUUUCCUUAAAAUUCAAAAAAUGAGACAUUUUCCAGAAGAAUGAAGCCGCCGAGACAACACGCCGACAUAAAAUCAGUUCAUUUCGUUCAACAGGCAAAAAAUCCAUUUGCCACCACUAAACUGCGUCUUCAUAACGUUGUCCCUUACAUUUUAGAGACCGAAGAUUCGAAGCGUUUGCCUUUUAAUGAUAAAAACAAACUUCAAAAAAGUUAUUUAGCAGUUGAGUACAAAAUAGAGACUGCCAGCCUCGUCGUUCCUCAAAUUUUCCGAAAAUUGAAUAGGUUGAAUCGUCGGGGACAGGUUUUCUGAAGAGGAUAUUGAAAAAUAUUCAAAAUAUUGUUUGAGAUUGAGGACAGCUCAAAUAUUCUGAAAUACAACUCCACGAAACACGUUCCCAUUGAAACGACGUCGCAUAGUCUUCUCGUGAAUCCAUUGGCAACGGUAUACAAAUAAAAAAUAAAGAAAAAUAAAGAAGGAUUCAGGCUUUAUAUCAUGUUCCGGCGCUUCGAAACGUUUUCUACUCGCAUUUGUGUUUAAAUGGAUCUUGUGUCGCUUGUCAGCUUCGAUUUUUGUUCACGAUGUUGAGCGAUCGCGUUUUCGCGCUUCCAGAAGCCGCUAGUGUUCGUUUCGGAACAAUUUCGGGUUGAAAAUCGAAAGAUCUCAAAAAAAAAAGUCAUGAAAACGGCUUUAUCCUGCUUUUGUAGUCAGAAAUUUUGAAAGAACUCUUUUUCGAUGAUGAAAAAUAAAAUGAGAAAUCAAACAUAUUUAGAAUUCAUUUUAUCAACCUUUUGUGGAACGUACAUAGUCGGAGUCCAUUUGUUAAGUUUAUGAAAGCCAAAACAGGGAAUGAAAAAAAAAAUGCAAAAAACUUUCUUGGUUUUUGACGCCUGGAAAGCCUUUUGAAGGCUUUUUUACAAUUCUGCAGCAAAACUUAAGAUUUUUCGAGCUUUAUCUGUGUUUUAAAACUAGUAGUUUUGGUUCAAGUUAGAUUUUUCUCCCUGAAAAUCCAAAUAAAAUGCAAAAAAAAAAGUUUUCAGAGCAUGAAUCUUAUCCGAUCAAUGGCCGCGGCGGAUCCUUCAAUAUUUACCGAUGAUAUUUUGAAAACCUCCCAAAUUGCUCUCAAUUGUCUACUUCGUGCUGCUUUAGGGGUACCUUAAAUGUUGAAAAUUUCCGCUUAAUUUGGAAAUUCAGGCUUCUGAAAGUUUAGUCAAUGAAACGGAGCUUUCUGAUCCUGAAAAAGCUGUGGUUGAGUCUCGUUUCAAUGUAACUUCAAGGUGAUUUUUGAAAUGAGCUUACUUUUCUGAAACUUUAUUCGAGUUUGAAGUUGAAUUUUCUGGAAUAAAGUAAAAAUUUGUGAAAAAUUUCGAUUCAGAUGCAUCCGUUGUGGAAAAGCUACUAGCGCCACGACAAAACAUGGAUGGAUUACGUUGAAUUAUGCGCUGGGACAAGGUUUUCAUCCCGAAAAACGGCUGAAAGUUAACAAGAAAUCAUUUUUCAAGGGAUCGCCCACACGACUUUUUGCUCUCUCCUUGAAAAAUCGCUCCAUUUGGGCGGGCAGGUGGAAAAGGAGUGCCAAGAGUGUAAAUCUGUGGUUAGUUUUUGCUCGGGAAAUUUAAAAAUGAAGUUUCGGGCUGAUUUUUCAGGUGAUGUUGUUCAAAAAGCAUUUGUGGUUUUUAGGUUUAAGAUUAAGGAAGAAUGAAGAUCUGUGGUGAAAUACUUCUGAAAAAGGUUUCGAGAAUUAUCGUUUUUUUUUCUCUUGGAUAAAAAUGACCUCUUUCAACGGAUUUUCUCCAGUAAAAGAUUUUUUUUUGUUGAUAUUUUGUAUUUUCCAGACGAGAAUGGAAGAAAGCCGUCGCGUGAAUACCCUUGCACCUGUACUUCUAGUAGAUGGAAAUGCUGGCAGCGAAAAAUUCAUCGAAUUUUGGCAGAAACAUUUGGCGGUUUUAUACGUAAAACUUAUAUUCAAAUACCUUUUCUGUUGAAAAGAUCAACGAGAGGCGGCCGAGGUAUAAGAAGCCGGAAAAUGAAUGCGUCCUUGGUGAGAGGAUCAAGCCUGAGAAACAGUGUCGAUUCGGGUCGGCUUGUAGGAAUCGGUGGGUUUUUUGAUGCGAAAGAUAAGCGACGGCCUGAAGAGACGCGAGAGAAAGAGACUUUUUCAGCUUCUCUGGCGUCUCUUCAGGCUGUUGUUGAUCUCUUUCUUUUCACUCUAACUUAUGUCUUUCACCUCGGGCAAAAUCGAAAUGGUGGAUAAGGGCUGCUAAAAGGAAGAGGCUUAAAAAAGGCGGCAAAAAGGAGUCCUUUCAUAAAGCCUUUUAUUUUUUUCGUAACUAUAAAGGCUCAAAAAAUGGUUUUAAAAAAACUAGAGUCAGCAAAAAUGGUGCAAAAGUGACGAUGAAAUGGCGCAAAAAGGUAUCAAGUAAGGAGCCUUUUUCACCCUAAAAGGAACAUUUUUUUGGAGCCUUUUUCCACCCUUUCUGACUGUGGCUAUGAAAGCUGAAAAAAUGAAGAAACCUUUUUUCUCCGCCUUUUUAUUCUUAGAAUCAUUUUCCUCGUUAACCUCGCUCUGAAAUUCACAUUUUUUCUGAAAAUUCCCACUACUCUUUAGCUCAUUUCUCGCCUGUUUUAGGCCAUCCUGCAAGUUUUCUCAUGGAAACAGCGAUUGGGAGGCUGAAUGUGAGACUUGGCUUGAAGAUACUGGAGGAGAUUGGAAGCAUUUCGUGCCGAAUAAGUUUUCCGUUGAGGUAAUUCAGCUUUAGGCUGAUUUUCUGGUGAAAUUUGCUCUUUUCCGCCGCUUUCUUGAGGAGUUUCAAGUGUAAUUUGUCAUUUAAAGCGCAAAAUUUGAAUUUUUUCGGUUUCUUGUCUUAUUGAUCAGUUGCUGAAGUUAAAAAGUUAAAAAUAACAAAUUUUAUAGAUUUCUUUCUUGUGUGUUUUUUCUAAUUUUUCCAGCUUUUCUUUCACUUUUUCAACGAUAAGAGUCAUUUUUUCUUAUCUCUUGUUCUUAUUCUGUUCAAAUUUAAGAUAGCUGACAACGGAAUUGUUCGAUUAUCAAGCCAAGAAUCGCUGGACGUCACUACCAAAGGCCGAACUUAUAAAUUGGUCAGUUUUGAUAUUUUUUUUCACCAUAAAGGCUUUUUUUUCCAGGUUGCCAUGGUGGAAACGAUAGGAACCGGUGAAAAACCCGGCGAUUGGACCCAUUCUGUUGUUUUGUUGAAGGAUGAGAAAGAGAGGUUCUUUUUUAGGAUUUUUUUGAGCUUUAAGAGAGGAAAAAAAAAGUUUUCGAUAUGAAUAGCAAGUCCUGGCAAUUUCGAAUAUUUUCGAGUAUAUUUAUUUGGAAAAAAAUUUUUUGAGUUUACCAAAGUGAGAUUGUAUGUUGGAUUUUGUUUCAGAAGCCCGAAAAUUUUUUUGAUUUUUCGCUAGAAUAGGCUUAAUUUCAGCAGUUUCUUGUAACACUUUGUCCUAACUUCAUUACAAAAAUGAAAUGUAAAAAAACUUGCGAUGUGAGGUUUUUCCGUUGACUUUUUGAACCUAUAUAGUAACCCUGGUUGUCGUGAGGUUUAUAAGUUUCUUCAGAUUUUCAGAGUUUUCAGAGCGUCUAGUUUAAAACUAUAUUUUGAAUUUUUUUUUUAAUAUUUGACCUUCUAGGGUGCCCUGGGCGGUUAUCAAUGAACUUUUGGUGACACGGAUUCACGAGGAUGAAGCCUUGCAUUUGGAUGCUCGAUGGAGAUUGCCAGUUCUGUUGGUUUAUGUCAAAGAAGAGCAUUCCCUGGACCUCAUGAGUGGUGAAAAUCCAAGGAAUAACUUUGAAAAUGUAUAGAAUUAUUUUAGUUAAAGAAAAACGGUGUUUGAUCCCGCAAUCGGUGUUCUUCACUGACGAGAACUUGACCGGAAAUGAGGAGGUUUUUUUAAAAUUCGGAUUGAGAACUGUAGUAUUCCCUUAAGGGGAAUGAUAUUUAUUGUCAUUUAUCCUUUUUCUUGUAGUGGCCAGUUCUUUAAUUUUGUUAACUUUUAAAGUGGCCACUUCAAAUUAUUUCAGUUGGCUUUCUGAUCUAGAUUUUUUUCUGUCAAUUUUUUUAUUUCCUAAUUUUUUUCUUCUCAUUAUGAGCACGAGAGUUUUUUUGCCAAUUGAGGAAUAAAAUUUAAAAAAAGACUUUUUCAGGUCGCCAGAGAAAGAAGACAGUUGAAGCUUCCGGAAAAGGGCGAAAUUGUCGGAAUCGACGCGGAAUUUAUCAAAAUUUGCCAUGUUUGUAGAUUUUUUUGUAUGUCCUGAAAAAAUAUUAUUUUCAGGCUGUUAAUAGUUUGAUGAAGAAUGUAAUGAGAGCCGCCGCCCGUGUUAGUUGUGUUGAUUCGUCUGGGAAUAAUGUUUUCAUCGAUGAUUAUGUGAUUACCGAUGAGAAGGAUACGGUGGAAGACUACCUGACCAAGUUUAGGUCGGUAAAUUUUUUCGAAUUGUGGUUCUUAUGAUUUAUAUAGCCCAUUCUGCGCCAGCUACCUGCAAAAAAGGUCGUAUACAAAAUUGGAUCAAAAUUAGCCAUUUUCGCUUCAAGACCUUUGUUUUUUGCUGUCCCUUUAGCUGUUUUUAGAGUGGCAUUUUGAUGAAACAUUGCUAAGGUGUACUGUAGGACCAUCAGAUUUCAAAAAAAAGCUAAAACUUCUCGAAAUCGAUUUUUUUUUCGAGUUAUGAAGCUUCAAAGUUAACACACUAAAUCAAUGGUGAGGGACAAGAGGGGAUUUGACACGCGUAUAAACCCUUGACUCCAGUUGGCUACGUGGUGUAGUGGCUUGUGACUUGCAUUGCCGUGGCUAUGGUCAGGGUUCGAGUCCUGUUGAAGAAUUUCGUUUUUGCCAAAACUUUUUCUUAUAAAGCUAUAUUAUUUUUGUUGAAUUUGUUCAAAAGAUUUUCUCAAAAGAUCAUUCAUACUCAUAGCCGGUUAGAAAAUAAAUCAGGUAAGGUUUAUUUGAGCCGAUAACAUUUUUUUCAGUAAACUUUUACAAACUAACAAAAUAAUUAAUAAUAAACUUUUUGAAAGUUGAUUAAACGUAAAAAAACAGUUUCCUAGUAAGCCCUAAGCAGAAUUUUUCGAUGUUGAAAUAUCCCAAUCAACCUUUUUUCAGUGGAAUCCAAAAAGACGACCUCGAUCCGUUGAAAUCGACCAAACAUCUGACUACAUUGAAACGUGUUUAUUUGAAAAUCCUUUACUUGGUUGAAAGGGGCGUCAUUUUUGUUGGCCACGCUCUUUUCAAUGAUUUUUCCGUCUUGAAUAUUUUUGUGAGUUUUACUUCUGAAAGAAAAUGAAAAAAAGUCCUAUUUUAAGGUCCCACCCUCGCAAAUUAUCGACACUGUCCUUUUAUUCCGGCUACCUGCCCAGAGAUUGUUAUCCUUGCAGUUUUUGGUCUUCCAUUUAUUAGGUAAUAAUCGAAAAAAAAAAAUUGAAACUCUGAGGGGUUUUUAGGGGAGAAAAUACAAGAAGACGGACAUGAUUCGGUGGAAGAUGCGAGAUAUGCGUUGAAAGUUUUCAGAAAGUAUGAGGAAUUGAAAAAAAGUGGUGAGUUUUGAAGGGAAAAAUUGGAAAAACAGCAAUUUUUCAUUUAACAUCCAUUUUCUUUGGCCAAAUGAAUGAAAAAAAAGUCUUUUUUUUCUGAAUUAAAGAAGUUUCAUGAUUUUCGUUGCUCUCAAAAGAAAACUAAAGCUCAAAUUACAGACAAACUGGACUCUGAAAUCAGAAGAUUGUAUGAAAUUGUGAAAAGUUCGCUUUCCUCGCCGGUAAAAAGCGUUUCUCCAACUGAAACUCGAAUUCCUGUCACCCUUUAGAACCUCUAGAUUUUUUUUUCUUUGUACCAAUAUUCUUGUCGUUUUCCCUAGUCUUCAGAGCAUUUUCUUGUUAUUUUCACGGUUCGAUUGUACAAUUUUUACAAUUAUUCGUUUGUAUAGAUCUGUUUUGUUUCGUCAAGUUUGGUAAUAAUAAUCUCAUCUGUGUACUAACAUUGUGCAGCUACUUACGUUAUAUUUGAUUAUGUAAAAAAUGUUUGUAUUUUGGCAUAUUAUCGACCUUUGUUCUAUGUAAAUUGAUAUGGUUGUGAAAUUGUGCAUAAUUGUUGCCCCCCAAUGAGAAUUUUUUCAUCCUAAGCCAGCAAGAUCACCUGAUUUUUUAGUAUGGGUUAUUCUUGUUGAGCUCUUCCCUCUUCUUGACAUUAAAAAAAUUGUAAAACUAAUAAACAUGAACAAAUUGCAAUUGCGCUCCAUGGAAGUGUGAAAAGGGUUGCGAAAUCUUUCGACUAUUUUAUAGAAAACAGGCUCUUCUUUGUUAUAUACUUGUUGUAUAUCUGUUCAAGAAGGUAAUUAUUGAGAUUUGGGGCUUCGAAUCUUGAUUUUUGCCUUGGCCUGAAUAAAACUGAAAAAAAGUGGAAUUUUUUUAAAUGUGGAAAAAAAGUAGUUUUUUUCUUAGUUUUUGAAUAAAAAAAGUAAAAAAAACGCUGUCGAGCGAAAAAUCCCUUUUUUUGUUUUAAUUUGGAUAAAAAGUCCAACUUUAAAGCUUUAAGAACUAAUAAGCAUUUUUUUAAAAAAAUCUGAGUUCAAGGAAUUUUUUUAAAUAAUUUGUAUCGAAAACUCUUGAUAUUAAAAGGUCAAAAAAAUGUUGUAUUUUCCAAGGUUUUCCGUUUUUGUUAAAAAAAUGGGUAAUUUAGCAUAUCGUAUGAUAUUUUUUUAAGAUAAUUUAAAGACAUUUUCAAAUAAUUUGAAUCGAAAACCAUGUAUUUUUUUGUCAGAAAUGUUGCAUUUUUCGAAGGUUUUUUUCCGUUUUUUUCUUUGUAGUUACUUGAGUAAUUUAGGAUAUCAUAUGAUAUUUUUUAAAGAUGCCACGUCCCGCCAAACGGCGUGGAAAAAUGGGAAACCUACAAUUCGGAGUACAACGCUGAGGAAGGCUUUAGCAAUGCUGGAAUCGACAAGCAAAUUGAAAAAGAAACCGCGGCGCCAGGUUUUUCGGAUUUUAGAACAUAAAAAAAUCAUUUUUGUAGUAAAAAUUUCAAAGUGAAAUGUUCAGUUCCCAAGGCGGCGUCUCAAAAUUUGGAUGGAGAAACUACGAGUGUAGCGACGGACGAAUUCGGCAGCAAGGAUUACAGAAAUGAUAUGCCUUUGAAGGUAGAAAGUUAAGAAAAAAAUGAAAGAAAGCGCAUUUUUUGAUGGGAAAACUUUCAGGCAGUAUAAUUUUUUUAAGUUUUAAAAAGUUUAAAAGAAAAUCGAAGUAAACAGUUGAUUUUCAAGGAGGAUAAUUUCUUUUAACUGUAAAGUUUUUUUUCUGAAAAUGACUUUUUUUUCAGAGAAGGAUCAUUUUUAUCAAGCGGAGAGUUCCUUUUGAAGAGAAACACUAUUAUUGACUGAAAAAUUAUGUUAUUUCAAAGAGAAGGAUGAAUAACAAUAUAGAAAAAAACGCUUUUUCUGAAAGCUGAAAAAAAUCAUCGUUUUGAAAUAACCUAAGCUUGAACUAGAAUUUCAGAAAGAUAAUCUAUUUUCCUCAUAUUUAUCUAUUCUCGGAUUAAAAGUAGAUUUUUAAAGGUCAUGAGCGUCUUUCGGAUCAAAUUUGACUGGAAGAAAAAUUUUACUUCGACAAUUUUUAGUUUUUUCAAACAAUGAUUGAUUUACUAACUAUGUUAAAAAUUUUUUUUGGAAAGUCAUUCGAAUUUUUUCAGCCCGACUUUUCUCACCGACCUCUGUGGGUGGCUCCUGACGGCCAUAUCUUCUUGGAAUCGUUCAGUCCCGUCUACAAACACGCUCGAGACUUUUUAAUCGCUAUUUCUGAGGUCUUUUCUUGGAUCUAGCUAUAAAAAUCCUUGCUGCAGUGUUUAAAGGAGCAUAGAAAAGUUUUGAUGGAUGUUUCAAGGCGAAGAUUUUUGAGGCUUUGAAAAUAUUAGUGCCUUUGAAAACUUCAGCGUGAAUUUGUGAACAAACUAGACAUGGAAGUUUUUUACUUGAUUGAUAAUUUUCUAUUCUUCAGCCAAUUUGCCGUCCCGAACACAUCCAUGAGUACCAACUCACGGCUUACUCGUUAUAUGCCGCCGUUUCUGUCGGAUUACAAACGAAUGACAUUAUCGAGUACCUGGAAAGACUGAGUAAAAGUCAUCUGCCGAAAGGAAUCAUUCAGUUUAUUCAGGUUUUCAAAUGAAAAAAUUGGUUUUUGGGUCAUUUUCUGUAUUAAAUUGAGAAAAAAAGUUUUAUUUUUUUUGUUGAGUUUUUAGUUUUGUCUUUACCUUUCACGUAGAUUUUUUCAUUCUUCUAGUGCUGUGGAGAUUUUUCUGAAGUUCUGAUUUUUUUUAGAAUUUUCCCGCACCUUUUUUUUCAAGUUAGUUCCGGGCCAGUUUGUCACGAAGUAAGCCUAAAAUUCCUUUCUAUUAAAGGCGCAUGCAUAGAAAAAGACCGUGCGCUUCGAAAGGAAGGGAUUUUGUAGCUUGGAAGAACAGGAAAUACUUUUUACGUGUUCAAAAUGAUUCCGUGAAAUCCAAGCCGUUAGAGAAAGAAAAAGAUAACUAAAUCUCGGAGAGCCAGAGAUAUUUUCACAUUCCGCGGAAAUUACUUUGAACACGGCAUUUAGAAGCUGGCGCAGAAUAGGCUAUAACAUUAUUCUGUCACAAAUUCAACUUCCAACCCUUAUUUCAACUCUUUACUUAUCUUAUUUCCAGCUCUGCACCGUCAGUUACGGAAAAGUGAAGCUGGUCUUGAAGCAUAAUCGUUAUUUCGUCGAAUCCCGGCAUUCGGAUGUCAUCCAGAAACUUUUGAAGGACAAAGUCAUUCAAUCGUGUAUUUUGGAUGACCGGGCGAAUGCUGUCCAGCAAGCACAAGUUCGAAAUUUCUAUAUUUAUGAAAAAAAAAUUUUUUUCUCGCUUUUCGUUUCAGGAACUUUAUUCCAAUGCUUUCUUGCUAUUUGAGAUUUUUAAUCUUAAAAAGAUUUAAAAAAAAUCUUAUAGGGAUGCUGGAAAAGUUGGUCGCUUUUUGUAGCCAUUUUUGGACAUUUUGAAGUUUUUUCAGUUCUAAAUUGUUUGAAUGUUCAAAAGGCGUAGAUUUCUCAAUUUCGAUUAGUUUUUGAGGUUCAAAAAUCGAAUAUAAGCGGCCCAAUUUAAGGUUUUUUGUGGUUUUUUCGAUCAAUUUCAUGUCAACCUUAUUUAUCUGGACUUGAAAUCGAAACAUGUGAACUGUGAAAUAGUGUUAAUUAAAAUUUGAGAGCAUGCGAAAACAGAAAAUUCAUUUGAAAUCUGAAGUUUUGUAAAUUUAAUGGCCAGAAUUUUGUAAAACUGCCUUCGAAACAGUCAUAUAAUGAAGAAAUAGGUACUUUAAAACCGUUAACACUUCACAAAAGCUUAAAAAAAUCUUCCAAAACUUGAAGAAAUAGGUGUCAUAAAAAAAUUACCGAACCGACCGACUUUUCCAGCAUGCCGGUCAUCAGAAAAAACAAAACGUCUCUUAAAACGCUUCAAUUUAUUGUUUCGGAGCACCUUGUUCGAGAAAUCUGCGUUUUAAAAAUGCUCUGUGUAUCCGCCAGCUUCUUUUCAAUGUCUCAUUAAUUUUUUAUUUCAAGUUAGAUCGAUUAAGUUUAAAUAAAAGAAGAUAUUUUUCUUCAUCCUGCUUCAAAAAGCUCCUUCUUCCAGCUUCCACAAGAGAAAAUCAAGUUCCCGCAAGGGAAAACCGACGAAAAUGCGGCGAAACAGAAAGAGAACGAAUCUGCCGACGUCCCUCAAGAUAUCGACGAAUUCUAUGGGAAAAUGGAUCGGGACGAUGAAGACGACGCCGAUAUCCGAAGCCUUCAGUUGCUCACCUUUGAAAUUAAACAAGUUUUGGAAAGAAAUAAGUUCUUUGAAUGAUGAUUUUGCCUCAGGAAACCAUCGAAACUGUCCAAAAAAGGUGCAUCGAACUGGAAUAUCCGCUGCUCGCCGAAUACGACUUCCGAAACGACACGAUGAACGCCAAUUUGGGCAUCGACUUGAAGCCGUCGACCACUUUGAGACCUUAUCAGGAGAAAAGCCUGAGGAAGAUGUUCGGAAACAGUCGCGCGAGGUGGAGAGAUCUCAUUGAAAUAUAUGAAUUUUUCAAAAAAAGGAAAAUAUCAUACUGAAAUUGACAGAAUAACGAAAAAAAUACUCCAAAAAAAUAGUUUCGAAAUGGGUUUUUUUCUUGAAAAAUAAAAGGUGAUCUAUAAAAUAAUUAAAAACCCCGAAUAAAGUAAAAAUAUCGUACUAAAAUUGACAGAAAAAAACGAAAAAAAUACUCCAAAAAAAUAGUUUCGAAAUGGGCAGUUUCUAGGAAAAAAAUAAAUAAAAAAAUAAAAGGUGAUCUAUAAAAUAAUUGGAUAAAAUCCCGAAUAAAGUAAAAUAUCGUACUAAAAUUGACAGCAAAACAAAAAAAUACUCCAAAAAUAGUUUCGAAAUGGGUUUUUUUCUGGAAAAAUAAAUAAAAGGUGAUCUAUAAAAUAAUUAAAACCCCGAAUAAAGUAAAAUAUCGUACUAAAUUGACAGAAAAAAAACAAAAAAAAGUAGUGCAAAGAAUAGUUUCGAAAUGGGUUUUUUUCUUGGAAAAAUGAAAGUUGAUCUAUAGAUUAAUUGGAACGAUAUAAAAUCCCGAAUAAAGUCAAAUAUCGUACUAAAAUCGACAGGAAAACGAAAAAAAUAGUGCAAAAAAGUUUUGAAAUGGGUUUUUCUUGGAUUUAUAGGUGAUCUAUGGGGUCUUGCGAAGUUAGGUUUAAAAAAAAAAUGAAUAAAAAGGGAUCUAUACAGUAAUUGAAAAUAUAUAAAUUUUCAAAUAAAGCGAAAAAAUCUUACAUUUGCAAUAGAAAAACGGAAGAUUGGCUUGUAAAAAACUUUGAAAUGGGUUUUUGCGAAGUUAGGUUUAAAUAAAAAAUUAAUAAAAAUUGAUCUAUACAGUAAUUGGAACUAUAAAAAUCCCGAAUAAAGUCAAAUAUCGUACUACAAUCGACAGGAAAACGAAAAAAAUAGUGCAAAAAUAGUUUCGAAAUGGGUUUUUUUCUUGGAAAAAAAUAAAUAAAUAAAAGGUGAUCUAUAAAAAUAAUUAAAAACCCCGAAUAAAGUAAAAAUAUCGUACUAAAUUGACAGAAAAACAAAAAAGUAGUGCAAGAAUAGUUUCGAAAUGGGUUUUUUCUUGGAAAAAAAAAAUGAAAGUUGAUCUAUAGAUUAAUUGGAACGAUAUAAAAUCCCGAAUAAAGUCAAAUAUCGUACUACAAUCGACAGGAAAACGAAAAAAAUAGUGCAAAAAUAGUUUCGAAAUGGGUUUUUCUUGGAAAAAAAAAAAUUUAUAGGUGAUCUAUGGGGUCUUGCGAAGUUAGGUUUAAAAAAAAAAAUGAAUAAAAAGGGAUCUAUACAGUAAUUGAAAAUAUAUAAAUUUUUCAAAUAAAAGCGAAAAAAAUCUUACAUUUGCAAUAGAAAAAAACGGAAGAUUGGCUUGUAAAAAAACUUUGAAAUGGGUUUUUGCGAAGUUAGGUUUAAAUAAAAAAUUAAUAAAAAUUGAUCUAUACAGUAAUUGGAACUAUAAAAAAAUCCCGAAUAAAGUCAAAUAUCGUACUACAAUCGACAGGAAAAACGAAAAAAAUAGUGCAAAAAAAUAGUUUCGAAAUGGGUUUUUUUCUUGGAAAAAAAUAAAUAAAUAAAAGGUGAUCUAUAAAAUAAUUGGAUAAACUACCGAAAAAAAGUAAAAUAUCGUACUAAAAUUGACGAGAAAAACAAAAAUAGUGGAUGAUUUGCUGAAAUUUCUGUUCAUCCAUGGGCAGACCAUAUUCAAAGGCCCCUCCUCCCAAGUUUUCUUAAAUUAAAGUUUAUACUACCGUCCUGAGGCUAAAGCUUGUAUCAUUGCGGCCAAAAAUACCUCCCGGAGGUUGAAACUUGAUUUUAGUCACUAGUUUUCCAAAAAUGUUUUGAGCCCUUCUCCCGGGCUGAAUGAGUUCUGUACCAUCUAUAAUUUUAUUCUUUUUUUCUUUUUUUUUGCAUUGAUGUCCUCGGGAUUUUUCUUGAAAAAUGUCUUUUUUUAGAUCCGGUGUCAUUGUACUACCUUGCGGUGCAGGAAAGACACUAGUCGGUGUGACUGCCGUUACGACAGUCAACAAAAGAUGUCUGGUCUUGGCCAACUCCAAUGUGUCUGUGGAGCAGUGGAGAGCUCAGUUCAAGGUUUUCAUGAUAAUUCAGACGAAAAAUAAAGGUUUUAUGUAUGAUUCCAGCUGUGGUCAACGAUUCAAGACAAGCAGUUGGUGAGAUUCACGAGGGAGGCUCGUGAUCCGCCGCCUUCUGGAGCUGAUGCUAGCAAGGUUCUGGGAGCCUGAACUUUUUAAAAAAAUAACAUUUUUGACAAAAGAAAUAUAAAAUAAACUUUAAAAAAAGGAGGAACUUGAGAUAUAUGAAGGUAGAGAGUCGAAGAUCGGACUUUAAACUUCGAAAAAAAUUAAAAAAAUUUGAAGAUACUUUAACUGAUUCAUUUGUUUUGAAACGUCUCAAGUUGUUCCAUUUUUUUCAAGAAUCUUUGUGAAAUUUUUUUGUAAAUCGGCUUUUUUUCCCGAAAAAUUUUUCAACUUACGAUGAUUAUUUGAAACUUUGAAAACGUUCCGAGUACUUGCCGGUCAGAAAAUUGAAAAAAAAAGAAUAUUUUUAUGAUACCAUUUUUUGUAUGUAGAGAUAUCUUUCAGUUUUGAAGUCCAGAAUUCGUUUCCAAUCUUUUUGUCAUUCUGAAAACGAAAAUAAGUUGACUAUGAAAUCUGGAAACUUGUGUUGUAAAUUUUAAAAUGAAGUGGAACUGUGUUAAGUUCAGGAUUUAUUACGAAAAAUAAAACUUUCAUUUUAAUUUUUCAGCCCGUCGUCUGUAUCAGCACCUACUCCAUGGUGGCUUACACUGGCCGGAGAACUUAUGCGGCUGAAGAGGCGAUGAAGUUCAUAGAAAGCCAAGAAUGGGGUCUUUUGUUGCUGGAUGGUAGGUUUUCAUAGGAAAAAUCUCUUUUAGGAAUUUUUUCUAUGUUCUAUCAAACUGGAAAAAGGUUAGGUUCUUGUGAGAAAAAUUCGAUUUUUUAGAAGACUUUUUUGGCCUGAAUCAUAGGUUAUUGUAGGAAAAUGUUCAAGCUGAAAAAAUGUUGUGAAAUGCUCAAUUCGAAACCUUCAGAAGUGCACACGAUUCCCGCCAAAAUGUUCCGUCGAGUUUUGACAAUCGUCCAAGCUCAUUGCAAACUCGGAUUGACGGCCACGUUGGUCAGAGAAGACGACAAAAUCACCGACUUGAACUUUUUGAUUGGUUAGUAGAGUUGAAAAAAAAAUGGGCUUCCGGAAAGAAAUUUCAUGUUUUAGUCCAUUCCACCUCAGCUUAUCACGUUUUUAUCCUACGAACUAUAGAACCUUCCAUCCGAUGCGCCUUUAAUAGAAGAAAUCUUUAAGCUGAAUUAAAGGCGCAUGCACCGAGAGAGACCAAGGGAAGCUUCCCAGUAGAUUUUUAUUUGCGUUCAACUCUUCUGGGAAGGUUCCCUUCAAAACGCGUGGCCUAUAUCUGUCCAUGCGCCUUUAAUAGAAAAAAUCUUCACGCUGAAUUAAAAGCGCAUGCACAGAGACAGGCCAAGGGAAGCUUUCCAGAAGAUCUUUAUUCGCGUCAAACUCUUCUGGGAAGGCUCCCUUCUAAACGCGCGGCCAAUAUCUGUUCAUGCGCCUUUAAUAGAAGAAAUCUUUAAUCUAAUUAAAGGUGCAUACGCAGGAAGAGGCGCAGGGAAGCUGCCCGGAAGAUUUUGGUUUCCGUCCAACUCUUCUGGGGAGGUUCCCUUCAAAAUGCGCAGCCUAUAUUCGUCCAUGCGCCUUUAAUAGAAGAAAUUUUCAAGUUGAUUUAAAGGUACAUGCGCAGAGACAGGACGCGCGUGUCAAAGGAAAGGAAAAAUAGUGACAGGAUGGAAUAGAAUAAGCUGUAGAAAAAAUCCCAAAAAACAAUAAUUUUUUCCGUAACAACGAAAAUUCAACGCUCUCAAGGCUGUGUUUUACGAUAAAUCACGUUACGCGAAUCAUUUUGAGGGUCUGAAGACUACGAAACUUCCUUUAGACGCAUUUUUCGAUUAAAAAAUGACUGAAAAUUCGAAAAAAUAACAUUUUUUCUUUGAAUAGGCACUUCAUUUUCGUGAAAGUUGUGAAACUCAACAGUGAUGUUUUUUUUCUGGUUUUUAAGAGUAAAUUAGCUCGAAAGACCAGUUUUUAAGAAUUAUUGUGCUUGGUAGACGAUUUUUUGAAAGGUACCAAACAAUAAAAUUUUUUUCAAGUUUUUUCCCCAAUUGAGAUUUAUUCUCUUUUUUUGAUAGAAAGCUGCAAAGUUGGAUCAUUUCAGGCCCGAAAAUCUACGAAGCCAACUGGAUGGAACUCCAAAAAGCUGGCCACAUUGCCAAGGUCCAGUGCGCCGAAGUCUGGUGCCCAAUGACUUCCGAGUUUUAUUCCUAUUACUUGAGGUUUUUUUGGGAUUUUUGAACUAUCCGAAAUUAUUGCAAAGGGAGACAAGGAGAAAAAAAGAGCCUCGAUAUUUUAAUUCAGUUUUGAAAAUUUGAUUGAAUCUUAGAAAAAACAUUAUUAUUGGUUCAAAAACUGUCAGAAACUAGUUAGAAAAAUUUCUCGAACGGGAAAAAAAUUUUUUUGAAGAUUUUUUUGAGAAGGGAAAAAUAGUUUUUAAAUAGUGAAUUUUUGCCGAAAAUGAUUGGAAAAAAAUGACAGAAAAGGUUAGAAAUUUAAUGUGAAAUUUCCCCAGAAACGAGAUUUUUUUACGAUGAUUCAUUAACGACUAAGACAUCAAAAUUAUUGAUUUAUUGAUUGAAUUUCCCAUUUUCUAGAGCUCAAAUGGCCCGACGCCUUCUGUUGGCCGUUAUGAACCCGAAUAAAUUCCGAAUUUGCCAAUUUUUGAUUAAAUUCCACGAGAGACGCAAUGAUAAGGUCAUUUUUCCAAGUGUUCCCUUAAGUUAAAAGGUAUUUUUUAGAUCAUUGUCUUCUCCGACAACGUCUUCGCUUUGAAAAAGUACGCGAUCGAAAUGAACAAACCGUUUUUGUACGGUGAAACGAGCCAAAAUGAACGGAUGAAGAUCCUCCAGAACUUCCAGUACAAUCCCCGGGUCAACACCAUUUUUGUGUCAAAGGUAAAGAAAUUCAAAAAAAAAGGAGGAAAAAUAUUUCUUUACGUUCAUUUUUUGAUUUUUUUCUUCAAUAGAAGUUAGGGUAUGAAGGGCUAUUUUUAAAAUUUUAUUGCUUGAAAUAAUUUUUUUUUGACAGUUCUGAAGGUUUUUGCUUCGAGUAACACUGUUUUAAAAACAGAAAUUUCGAAAUCUCAUAACUAAAAUUUUAAAAUUUCUCUAAUUUUCCCUUUUUUCAUCGAAAAUCGCUCACGAAAGUAGCCAUAUUUUACUUGAAUCAUUAUUUCUCAAACUUCAUUUUUUUCUGUUUUUUUGCCUGGGAUUCGCUAUGAACAGAAUUUUUAUGAAGAAGAUAAUUAAUGUCUAUAGGAAUUUUUAUUUUUUUCAAUAUGUGACAAUUUCAUUUUUUUGGGCUAAACUAGGGAACGUUUUUUACCCCCUGGUUGAAAUUUUGAUGAAACUCUGCCGAAGCGUAGGGUCUCCUGAUUCCAGAACAAAAAAACGAUUUCUCGCAAUAUUUCUGCUUUUUCGAAUUCAGAAGAGUCCAAAAUAGUGCUUUUUUUUGCCAUAAAUUACGUAUUUUACGAACUUUUUCUGGGAAGGUUGGCAUAAGAAAUCGUUGAUUUUCCUUUUAUCAAAUUUUUCCUGACUCUUUUCUUUUUUUUCAAGGUCGCCGAUACUUCCUUCGAUUUGCCCGAAGCUAACGUUCUGAUCCAAGUUUCAGCUCAUGGCGGUUCCAGGCGACAGGUUUUUUUUUUAAUCUCGGAAAUGGAAAUAUAAAUCAUUUUCAGGAAGCCCAGCGAUUGGGUCGUAUCCUUCGAGCCAAAAAACACUCAAGUGACCAGUUCAACGCAUUUUUCUACUCCCUGGUAUCGCAAGAUACCGUUGAGAUGGGAUACUCGAGGAAGAGACAACGGUAGAAUAUUUAAAAUUAAAAAGAGCUCAAUUAAAUAACUUUGCAGUUUCUUGGUGAACCAAGGUUACGCCUACAAGGUCGUCAACAGGCUGCCCGGAAUGGAGAAAGAGGACCUGAAACUGGGGACGAAGGUAUGA